AUGCCUUUUACAAAUCCUUCUCUCUUUUACCUGAUUUAUCACUCUAACUCUAUCUACCUAUUUAAUUUCCCCCUUCUCUCUUAUUCUAUCUGUUUAAGCCCCCUCUAUCUCUUUACCUGUUUAAUCUCUCUGUCUCUCUCUUUCAAUCAGUUUAAUCUCUCUCUUUCAAUUUUCUCUCUUUCAACAAGUUUAAGCCCCCUCUCUCUUUUUACCAGUUUAAUUGCUCUUUCUUUCAAUCUGCUUAAUCUCUCUUUCUACCAGUUUAAGCCCCUUCUCUCUCUUUACCUGCUUAAUCUCUCUCUUUUCUGUCAGAUUACUCUCUCUCUCUCUAACUAUUUAAUCUCUCCCUCUCUCUUACUCUACCAGUUUAAGCCCUCUCUCUCUCUUUCUCUCUCUUUAACUUUUAUGAUACUCUUUCUUUUGACCAGUUUAAUUGCCCUCUCUUUCUAUCUGCUUAAUUUAAUCUCUACCUCUCUCUCUUAUUCUGCCAUUUUCCUCUUUCUCUUGCUUUUAAUCUGUUUAAUCUUUCUGUCUCUUUAUGCCUAUUUAAUGUUUCUUUCUACCAGUUUAAGUCCCUUUUCUCAUUUUAUCUGUUUAAUCUCUCUCUCUUUCUACCUAUUUAAUCUCUCCUUCUCUCUUAUACUACCAUUUAAGUUCUCUCUUUUCACCUUUUUAAACUUUCUCUCUCUCUCUCUCUCUCUCAGCUUUUUUAAUCUCUUUUUAUAUCUCUCUCUUUCUGUCAACCAGUUUAAGGUCCCACUUUCUCUUUCUACUAUGUUAAGCUCUCUCUACUGCUUUAAGAGCUCUCCCUCUUUUUAUUUGUUUAAUCUCUCUCUCUCUAUCUGUUUAUCUCUUUCUCGCUCUACAUUCACUCUCACUCUCUCUCUCUUUCUCUCUCUCUCUCUUUCUUCCUAUUCUCUGUGGUUUUUCACUGAUACUGGUCCUCUUACCAAUGGAUAUUUUUGA